CGCACGCUUCCUACGGGUGCUCGCGCGGCAGGGCUGCCAGAAGUGUUUCGGCUCCAGCUCGCGCUGGAGCUUCCACACGUCAUGUUCCUACUGUGCCUCUGGACUCCAUGGGUCCUUCUCACGUGGCAGUCGUUGUGGCUGUUGGUCCAGGCAGCUCCGCUUCUGGAGUGGGCCUGGAACCCUGUCCCACUCACCUCCGAACCCCCAAGACCUACUGAGCGCCGGUAUUCCCGCUCCUUUGAUGUCUCACUCGAAUCGCCCCCUGCGCUUACACCCUCCGCAGACCCCGAGGGCUUUGCUUACCUGGGGUCCUCUGCUUCUUCCCAGAUGUUGGGCCCGCCUCAGGAGUUGACUGAGACUUCGGCUCCAUUCCUGGACACGCAGUCAGCUCAAGAGCUGCUUCCAGGGCGAGAUCAGUUUGCUGUUCCACAUCGGGAUCUGAAUGACAAGCUGACUCAACGACAAAGGCUCCCCGAGGUGGUUCCAGUGCCAGGUUGGGAUCAGUCUCAAGUCCUACCUCAGCCUCCUCAACUCAGAAGUAAGAUUCAAGCUGUAGGUCUAGAUCAGGCUGCAGAUCACCAGGCAUCAGAAAUACUUGUUCCACCUCUAGAUAGUCAGAGUUCAAAACCAACAAGGUUUAUUAUUUCACCAAAGAUCCUAAAGAAAGGUCUAGCCCAGCAUCGACGGCUUGCUAGGGUGGCUGUUGGAACUUCAAAUCAAUUUGCAUCAAAACCACAGCAUCAAAAACAAACUCUACAGAAUGAUAAUUAUCUAGAUCCAAUUAUGGAUAUAGUUUAUCCUCGUGGCCUACCUCUGGAAUUCCCACAGAAAUUACAUGAGCCUUCAAGGCCUCCUGAACUUUCUCAAUUCCAUCUAGAGGAUAAAACUCAAAAUCUAGAGACCCCUGAGGAGAUCCAAUCUUCUUCACUCCAACAAGAAGCCCCAGAACAAUAUCCUGAGGAGGUAGAACAUUCUUCAACAGAGCAGGAGGCCCCAGCUCAGCAGCUACCUGAUACUGAAGAGGUUGUAGCUCAGCCGUCAAUACAUCAUGAAGUAAAUGUUCCAUCUCCAAGGCGGACUGCAGCUCAACGCUCAGUCUUGUCCAGAGUCACAGUUAAACAUGUGGAUCUUGAGCUUACAGUAAGUCCAGAGCCAAGUAACAACAUUGAACCUACUCCAAGUCAGCAGCAGGCCCCAGCUCAGCCUCCACAGCACCAUGACGAGGUACAACCUUCCUCAACCCAACAAGAGGCCCCAGCUCCUGAGCAGGUCGAACUUCCCUCAACACAACAGGAAGGCUCAGAUCAAAGACCAGAGCUCCCUGAGGAGGUUGUACCUUCUGCCACCCAGGAGGAGACCCCAGCUGAGUCUCCAGGCUUUCCUUUGGAGGCUAAACCUUCCCUUAGUGAGCAGGAGCAGCCAGAUCAGCCUUCUGAGUCUCCUGAGGAGAGUGAACCUUCUCAGACCCAGCAAGAGGCCACAGCUCAAGCUCCAGAGUCCUCUAUGGAGAGUACAGCUCAAACUCCAUCAAAUCAUGAGGUGACCAUUCAACCUCAUCAUUAUAACUUGCCCAGUGUUACAGUUAAACCUCUGGAUGUGGAGGUUACCAUAACUUCAGAGCCUACCAAGGAGACUGAAUCUUCUCCAGCCCAGCAGGAGGCCCCAGUUGAGUUUUCAGAGCUUCUUGAGGAGGUGGAACCUUCUGCCACCCAGGAGGAGACCCUAGCUGAAUCUCCAGUCUUUCCUGUGGAGGCUGAACCUUCCCUUAGUGAACAGGAGCAGCUAGAUCAGUCUUCUGAGGAGAGUGAACCUUCUCAGACCCAGCAGGAGGCCUUGGCUCAAGCUCCAGAGUCCCCUAUGGAGAGUAUAGCUCAAACUCAAUCAAAUCAUGAGAUAACAGUUCAACCUUAUCAUUAUAACUUGCCCAGUGUUACAGUUAAACCUCCAGAUGUGGAGGUUACCAUAACUUCAAAGCCUACUAAGGAGACUGAAUCUUCUCCAGCCCAGCAGGAGGCCUCAGUUGAGUUUCCAGAGCUUCUUGAGGAGGUAGAACCUUCUGCCACCCAGGAGGAGACCCCAGCUGAGUCUCCAGGCUUUCCUAUGGAGGCCAAACCUUCCCUUAGUGAGCAGGAGCAGCCAGCUCAGCCCUCUGAGUCUCCUGAAGAGAGUGAACCUUCUCAGACCCAGCAGGAGGCCACAGCUCAAACUCCAGAGUCCCCUGUAGAGAGUAUAGCUCAAACUCCACCAAAUCAUGAGGUAACAGUUCAACCUCAUCAUUAUAACUUACCCCAUGUUACAGUUAGACCUCCGGAUGUGGAGGUUACCAUGACUUCAGAGCCUACCAUGGAGACUGAAUCUUCUGCAGCCCAGCUGGAGUCUCUAGCUCAGCCUUCAGAACAUCCUGAGGUGGAACCUUCUCCAAUCCAGCAGGAGCAACCAGCUCAGUCUCCAGGGCAUCAUGAAGUAACAGUUUCACCUCCAGAUAACUAUCAAACUCAGCAUUCAGACUUGCCCAAUGUAGUUACAUCUCCAGGUCAGCAGUUCACCACAGCAGGAGAGCCUACUACAGAGGUGGGAACCUCUCCAGUCCACCAAGAGACUACACCUCAACUCUCAGGGCAAGUCAAUGAUGUGGAACCUUCUUCAACCCAGCAGGAGGCCCCAACUCAGCCUUCGGAGCUCCCUAAUGAAGUUGUAGCUCAACCUCCAGAGCAUCAUGAGGUAACAGUUUCUCAAGUUCAGCCUCCAUUAUUACACAAUGUCACCAUAAAACCUGUGGAUCAUGCGGUUACCACAACUCCUGAGUUCACUAAUGAAGUUGAAAUUCCAACCCAACAGGAGGCCCCAGCUCAGUUUACAGUGUCCCCUCAGCAGCUUAAACCUUUGAAAGGCCAAGAAGAGGUUAUAAUUCAGCAGCAAAACUUCCCUGAAAAGGAUGAACAUUCUCCAACCCAUCAAGGGGUCCCAACUCAGCCUGAAGAACUUCCUGAGGAACCAUCUCCAAGCCAGGAGGAGAUCUCAGCAUUACCUCAAGAGCCCUUUGUAGGUGUUAGACCUUCACCAGGCCAGCAACAGCACACAACUCGGCCUCUAACAUCCUAUACAGUUUUCACUCCAAUUAAUUAUACAAUGGGACUUUCACCUCUAGAUCUGUCUAUGAUUUUCAGAGGCUAUUCAAUGUUGCCUAAAACCACAGUUAAACAUGUGGAUUUGGAGAUUACCUUAACUACAGAAGAGCCCACUACAAAUGCUAAGCCUUACUCAGUCCAGUGGGAGGGCACUGCUCAGUCUACAGUUUCCACUGAACAGGCUGAAUUUUCUGCAACCAAGUCUGAUCCCUUUUCUGCACUUCAGGAUCGCCCUGAAAUGUUUGAAUCUUCCCUAGUCCAGCUAAAGGCCACAGCUAAGCCUUCACAUCCUCCUAAGGGAUUAGUACAUUCUCCAGUCCAACACCAGACCCCAGCUGAGCCACCAGCGUCCCCUAAGGAGGUUAAACUAUCUGGGACCCAGCGGGAAGCCUUGGGCCGUCCUCCGAAGUCCGCUGAAGAGGUCAGACCUCCUCUACAUCAGCAGGAGUUUCCAGCUCAGCCUUCAGAGUCCCCUAAGGAGGUUGUAGCUCAACCUUCAGUGAAUUAUGAGAUGACAGUUCCAUCACCAGGUCAGGAUCAAGCCCGGUAUCCAAUAUUGCCCAUUGUUACAGGUCAACCUGUGGACCUGUGGCUUACCAUGACUCCAGAACCCACUACAGAGGUUGAACUUUCUUCAGUCAUGCAGGAGACCCCAACUCAAUCUCCAGAGCCACCUAAGGAAGUUGUAGUUCAACCCCCAAUAUCUCAAGAGGUUACAAUUCCAACACCAGGUCAAGAUCAAGUCCAGAAUCCAACAUUGCCCACUGUCACACUUCAACCUUUGGACAUGCAGCUUACCAUAACUCCAGAACCCACUACGGAGGUUGAACUUUCUCCAACCAUACAGGAGACCCCAACUCAACCUCCAGAGCCACCUAAGGAAGUUGUUGUAGCUCAACCCUCAACAUCUCAGGAGAUGACUGUUCCAACACCAGGUCAGGAUCAAGCUCAGUAUCCAGGGUCACCCAGCGUCACAUUUCAACCUUUAAAUCUGGGGCUUACCAUAACUCCAGAACCCAGUAUACAGGCUGAACAUUCUACAGCUCCUCCAAAGCCCCCUGAGGUAGCAUUUCCACAUCCGCACCAGGUUGAGGUUCAGCAUCCAAACCUGACUGAAGGCACACUUCAACCUUUGAACCUGGACCUUGCCAUGACUCCAGAACCCACUACAGCUGUUGGACUUUCCCCAGUCAUGCAGGAGACUCCAACUCAACCUCCAAAGCCACCUAAUGAAGUUGUAGUUCAACAUCCAGUAUUUCAAGAGGUGACACUUCCAACACCAGGCCAGGAUCAAGCUCAGCAUCCAGCAUUGCCCAGUGUCACAGUUCCGCCUGUGGACCUAGCACUUAACAUAACUCCUGAACCCACUAUGGAGGCUGAACCUUCUAUAGCCCUGAUGAAGACUACAGCUCCUCCAAAACACUCUAAGGUGACAUUUCCACAUCUGGACAAUGUUCAGGCUCAGCAUACAUACCUGUCUGAAGUUACACUUCAACCUUUUGAUCUGGAAUUUACCUUAACUCCAGGACCUAAUAUGGAGGUUGAAUCUUCUCCAACCAUGCCGGAGGCCCCAACUCAGUCUCCAGAGCCACCUCAGGAGGCUAUAGCUCAACCUCCUGUGAAUUAUGAGAUGACAGUUCCAACUCCAGGUCAGAAUCAAGCUCAGCAUCCACUGUCGCCUAUUGUCACAGUUCAACCUUUGGACCUGGGGCUUACAGUAACUCCAAUGUUCACUGCAGAGGUUGAACAUUCUGUAGCUCCUUCAAAAUAUCCUGAGGUGACACUUCUACAUCCAUACCAGAUUCAGACCCAACAGCCAAACUUGAAUGAAGUCACAGUUAAACCUUUUGACCAGGAAUUUACUGUAACUUCAGAACCCCCUGCAGAGUUUAAACCUUCUGGAACUAUACAGGAGACCCCAACUCAGCCUCCAGAGCUGCCUAAGGACGUUAUAACUCCUGUGUAUUAUGAGAUAUCAGUUCCAACACCAAGUCAAGCUCAAGCUCAGCAGCCAAUGUCAUCCAGUGUCACAGUUCAACAUUCAGACCUAGAGUUUUCCAUGAUUUCAGUACCCACCGUGCAGUCUGAACAUCCUGUCACCCUGGAGAAAGCUGUAGCUCCACUUCCAGACCAGGUUCGGACUCUGCCUGAAGUUAUAGUUCAUCCUUCUGAGAUGGAUUUUACUGUAAAUACCAUCUCAGAACAGCGUGCCACCACAUAUGCCACCAACAUAUGUGAGCUCUGUACCUGCAAAGAUGAGACAAUGUCAUGUGUUGGUCUCAGACCAAAGCAGAGGCUCCACCAAGUGCCUGUGCAGGAGCCUGAUGUCUAUAAUGGCACCUUCACUGUCUUGAAUUUCCAAGGAAAUGCUAUUUCUUACAUUGAUAAGGAUGUCUGGAAAUCAUACCAUUGGACUGAGAAACUAAUCCUCAAUGAAAAUCAGUUGACCGAAUUACAUAAAGAUUCAUUUGAAGGCCUGCUAUCCCUCCGGUAUUUAGAUUUAUCCUGCAAUAAAAUCCAGUUUAUUGAAAGAGGAGCAUUUGAAUCACUGCCAUUUUUGGAGUUUCUAAAUCUUGGUUGCAAUUUACUCACAGAACUCAGCUUUGGAACAUUUCAGGCUUGGCAUGGAAUGCAAUUUUUACACAAGUUAAUUCUCAAUCGUAAUCCUCUGACCACUGUUGAAGAUUCAUAUCUUUUUAAAUUGCCAGCAUUAAAGUAUCUAGACCUGGGAACAACACAAGUUCCACUUACAACAGUUGAGAACAUCCUCAUGGCGACCCUUGAGUUGGAAAAACUGAUCUUACCUAGCCAUCUGGCCUGCUGCCUCUGCCAAUUUAAAAAUAAUAUUGAGGCUGUCUGCAAGACAGUGAAGCUGCAUUGUGAGAAUGCAUGUCUGACAAACACCACAGAUUGUCUUGAAGAAGCAUCUCUAGGGAAUGUAGGAGGAUCUACGCUCAUGAAGGUAUUACAAGCCCGGAAGCAGCACACCAGCACUGAGCUGACUAUUGAGCCAGAGACACCCGCAGAUAAAAAUGGCAUCAGCUUGUCAGGCUUCAUGAAUGAGCCGCUGGACUUCAAUGAUGAAAGCGAUGUUAUUAGUGCACUAAAUUACAUAUUGCCUUACUUCUCAGAGGGAAAUCUAGAAGAUGUAGAAUCAACGUUAUUACCGUUCAUUAAACUGCUUCUUUCAAAUAUACAAGAUGGAGACAAGCCCCGGAGUCAUCUGAAAAACAAUACAAAGACCGCCUCUCUUGAACCUGCAUCCAACAAUUCACCUUACACAAAUAAACUGAGGAAACUCUAUUUUCUGGAAAAUUUGUUAGAUGCAGAAAUUCAAGACAAAAUUGAUGAGGUUAAAAAGAAAGAAAAAACUGCUAUGCUUAUGCAGUCUAGCCUUUUCAGUCCGAAAUUUAAACGCCAAAUCUUUACCCCCAAAUUGGAAACUAUUCAACCACAGGAAAGCAGCCUGGCACAGAUUGAGGGUAUAGGGAAAAGGCAGCAGAGGAUGAAGCUAGUCCUCAAGGGGCCCAAGGGCAUAAGGAAAAAGGUCUUAGAAGAGGAGAGAAUCAGGAGGAAACAGAGUGCCUGGCCCAUUGCAAAGAAAAUUGCCGAAGCGAGAAGGCUUGGGAGACCAGUGCCCAGUGAAAUGGAACAGCUUCAUGCAGUGCAGAGGCCCAGGAAGUUUGUGGAAAGCUCCUUCCACACCAAGCCUUCGUUCACACAGGAGCAUAAGACAGCUGUCUCUUCUUUACUGAAACAGGACUCAGUGGGCGUGUCUUCUGCUCCCACCACUGUGAAACCCCCACCUGAGGUUAAAAACAAAUCAGAAGACUUGAGUGACACCAUUUUUGUUUUAGAAGACGCAAAUGCGAGAGUUAAAAGUAUGGAGGCUGCUAAGGCAAUCAUACAUUCCAGAAAAAAAUACCACUUUCAUAAAACUCAUUCCCAUGUGGCCCAUAGAACAACACCCAAGGCCAAACCAAGUCAAGAGGUCAAAAAGGAAAGUUUGCUCAAAAGACUGUUAUUUGCAAACAGGCCUCCAUUCUCUCCAGUAAGGAGCCUCAUAAAUUCUCCUUCACAUGAACCUUUUUCAUCUUUAGGAGACCUGAGUCCUCAGGAGAAUCUUUUUCCAGAAUUAUUUCCUCUUUCAGACCUUUCCACAGAAAACAUUAGAACAUUCCCUGAAGGAAAUACUUUUGAAGAAAACAUUUCUGUAAAUAGCACUGCUGUGCAUGAAGAAACCUUACCUGAAAGCACAACCUACAAGAAUCCUUCCGAUGCAGAGUCCACUGGGGCUGCAUUCAACAUAAUACCAGCGGUUAAAGAAGCCAAUGAAACCCAAUGGGAAUACCACAACAUGGGCACCGACUCAACCCCCAUGCCCAAAAGGUUGACUUAUCCAACCCCUUCGUCCCCAGGUGAUCAGUUUGAAAUUCAGCUAAACCAGCAGCUACAAUCCCUCAUCCCCAGCAACGACGUGCGAAGGCUCAUUGCUCACGUCAUCCGGACUUUGAAAAUGGACUGUUCUGAGAGCCAUGUGCAGUUAGCCUGUGCAAAGCUCAUCUCUAGAACAGGCCUCCUGAUGAAGCUUCUCAGUGAGCAGCAAGAAGUAAAAGUAUCCAAGGCAGAAUGGGACACAGAUCAAUGGAAAACGGAGAACUAUAUCAACGAGAGCACAGAAGCCCAGAGCGAACAGAAAGAGCAGGAGUCCAGUGAGCUCACUAAAGAAGUUCCAGGAUAUGGCUAUAACAACAAACUCAUCUUGGCAAUAUCUGUGACUGUAGUAGUGAUGAUUUUGAUUAUAAUUUUCUGUCUCAUUGAGAUUUAUUCUCACAGAAGAGCAUCACAGGGAGAUUCAGAAGGAUCCUCGAGGAGGGGCUUUUUUGGAUUUCUGCAUAGAAGAAGCUCAUCGCAGAGUGGGACCCAGGAGGGGUGGUUCAGGUGGCCACUUUGGCUUAGGGAUAUGUACAGACCUCUCAAUGCCACACGCCAGAAAAACAUGGCAGAUCAGCUGCACGACAAGGAGUCUUCUGAUGAGGAGGAGAUUUUCAACAAGGAUGCUGGGGAGCUCUCUGAAGUUGUGGUGACCACACCGAUGGAGUCGGCUACUGAAGCUGAGGAAAGUGAGAACCCGCCAGAGGAGGAUGAGGAGGAAGGAUAGUAACCAGAGGAGGAUGAGGAGGAAGGAUAGUAACCAGAGGAGGAUGAGGAGGAAGAAUAGUAACCAAGCCCACCUCAGGCUGCCUGUGAAUACAUUUUCUAUAUAUUAUAUAUGGCUUCUGAGCAUUA